AAAGACUGUUAUAUCUUUCCUCUGUGUUUUCUGGUUUUUCCUUUUGUCGGAGGCUUCCUGGAAAAGUGGAUAUAGUAACUAAGGCAACAAGAGAGCUGUGGACAGUCCGCCCGGUCGAUCCGAAGAAUUCCUUUCAGCGACAUGAAUUUGUUAAUCGACUCGUUGCCGUACCCGAAGGGUUCUAUGACAGCACUGCAACGGCUGGCGGAGGUGUGUAGCAGGGAGCUGAAGAAGAUUGAGUACGAAGAGUACGCGGCAGCGAAGGUUAAACAAUGGGAGGAGCGGGCACUUGCCCGAGCAGCUGCGAACGAAGUGAAUAGAAACGAGACCGUGAGCCAUAUGAUGUCCGCUUCCUUCUGUCAACCUGCUGGCAACCCCCCUGGACAAACCCCUCUUAUUGGGGAUCAGAAAGGCCACCAAGCAACGAUCAUCGACGAGAAUGGGAACGAGAAAGUGAGCCAUGUAACGUACACUGUCUACUCCCAACCUGUUCAAAGUGCCAGUGGACAAAUGCCUCUUCUUACGCGCGCUGCUGGUCCUGCGCCCGGGCCCACCGUCCAGCCGCCGCCCGCAGCGUCUCCGUUCAAGACGCCCCCGCCCGGCCCCGCUCCCGCCAAGCGAGCGCGACUCGCCAAGGCCGCCCCCGGGCCACGGCAGGCCCCUUGGGAGGGAGCUGCGAGAGCCGAAGCUCGCGGCCGCUCGAAGAGGAGCACGAACGUUCCGGUUGCUCCCAAGGCACCCCACGCCUACACGCACCAAGUGGGCGGUUUCAUCAACGCCAAUGUCUGCGCUCAUUACGCCGCCGGUCAGGUGGAUGCUCGGGCGCGUGCCCACGCUCCCGCCCACGCUCCCGCCAGCGCCAGCGCCAGGAUGUUCUGUUUCGCGCCCGGCGGCGCCGUGGAGCCGGUGGGCGCGCGCCCGUGGCACGUGGUCGUGGAGCGCGAGGGAAGCACGUGGAGGCACGAGGGCGGCGCGGGCGCGGGCGCGGGCGCGGGCGGGCACGACUGCGCGCUGUGCGGGCGCGCCUUCGAGCUGGCGCCGCAUCUCGUGCUGCACCUGCGCGCGCAGCACGGCGUGGAGGCCGCGCUGGUGCAGGCGGGGGCGGCCGUGGCGGUGAUGGCGCCCCUCUACCUGCCCGCGCCCACCCCCGCGCUCGCGCCGCCCUCUGCGCACCCCACGCACGCCUGCUAG